AAAGUCUUCCCCACUCAGAAAUGCUUGCUAACAGGUAGCCCAGCUGUCGGUGGUAGUUGCGGGCUCGCCGCUGCUCUCGUUAUGUCCCUGAAGGCCAUCAUCUCCAAGGAUGGCCCCAGCCCUAGCCAAGCUUGCGUGCUGCUCUUUCUGUUCCCGCUGACGGUUCAAGUCGUUUUAUUUGCUGCCACUUACUUGUACUUCACAAAUGAGCUGAAGCAGCUGGCACACCUACAAGAUUCAAAUUCUCAAAGCAGCCUGGCAUGCCUUACAAAGGAAUACUUGGGAGCCAUGAUGGGUAAUAGAGACCCCGGUGGUGGUGUAGAGCAGGCAGACCUCCUAUGCCUGCAGUUCAAAUGGCAGCUCCAGCAGCUGAUUAGAAAGGAGCUUUUGACAAUCUAUGAGGAUUCUUCUACAAGUCAAGAUAAGAGUCAGAAUAACCCUUCUGGAGCCAGAGAAAACUUAAGUCAGAAUGCUGUCCAGAGAGUAGCGGCUCAUCUCACUGGAAACAGGCAGAUGAGUUCUACCUUUUCUAGAAGUUCAUUGGUUGGGAGAGCUCCAGGUUGGAAAAUCAACUACUGGGAAUCUUCAAGGAAAGGACAUUCAUUCCUACAUAACGUGCACGUGUUGGAUGGUGAGCUCAUCAUUUCCCAAACUGGAUAUUAUUAUAUCUAUUCCCAAACCUACUUUCGAUUCCAGGAGCUGGAAGGAAGUUCUGUUUCAACUUUGAGUGAAGAGAAGAGUAAACACCCCAAACAACUGGUCCAAUACAUUUACAAAGUGACAAGUUACCCAGAACCCAUCCUUCUCUUGAAAAGUGUGAAGACUAGCUGUUGGUCCAAAAAUUCAGAGUAUGGACUCUAUUCCAUUUAUCAAGGUGGGGUAUUCGAGCUCAGGGAGAAUGAAAGAAUCUUUGUGUCUGUCAGCAACGACAAAUUGAUCGAUAUGGACAAAGAAGCUAGUUUUUUUGGUGCUUUUCUAAUUGGCUAAAUGUUCAUAAUUACAUAUUUUAAAAGUAGCCACCACCACCAUUUUACCUGCAGUAUGAGAAAUAAUGACAGUAGACUUCCAGUGAAUGAUCCUGUUAAAAAUGAGAUCUGUCAGUCACCUGAUAAAUACACAUUUAUUAAGCA